AUGUUGCUAGAUUCCUGCAUCGAAAGUAAUCAUCAAACAAAGGGAAGGUUAAUCCAUGCAAAGAUCUUGAUCACUGGUUUGGGCCAAGACCCAUUUCUUGCUUGCAAGCUUAUCACCUUUUAUUCGGCCUCAAAAAAUGUCAUUCUCUCUAGACUGGUUUUCAAUGGUAUCCUUGAGCACAAUGUCUUUUUAUGGAAUUCCAUGAUCAGAGGAUAUGUUGUUAAUGGGUUUCAUGAGCAGGCCUUGGCUUUAUUCUAUAACAAAAGAGCCGCCGGGAUGAAACCCGAUUCCUACACGUUUUCGUGUGUCCUCAAGGCUUGUGCUCUCUUGUCUGAUCGCAAUCAAGGUAAGGUAUUACAUGAUUUAGUAAGGGAAAGUGGGCUUGAGGAGGAUUUGUUCGUCUCGAAUUCAUUACUCUCAAUGUUUUGCAGAUGUGGGAGAUUCGAACAUGCGAUCCAAUUAUUCAAUAAAAUGCCUGAAAGAGACAGAAUAUCAUGGAAUUCAAUAAUAACUGGUUAUAUAGAACAUGGGUUUUUUGAUGAAGCUAUGGAAAUGCUUCAGAAGAUGAUUGAGAGUGGAUAUAAACCAGAUAGUGUCACCAUUUUAAGUGCACUGGCAGGAUGUCCUUUGGCUUUAGGAAGAGAAAUUCACGGCUAUGCUAUCAGAAAUGGAUUCCACUCUACUUUCAGAGUACGUAAUUCACUGGUUUCUAUGUAUGGAAAAUGCGGUAGAAAUGAUUAUGCAAAUAUUUUGUUUAGGAAUUCAAUCAAGAAAGAUAAAGUGGCUUGGAAUGCAUUGAUUUCUGGUUAUGCCCAGAAUGGCUUUUUUGAUGAAAGCUUAGCUCUCCUCCAUGAAAUGAGACUCACAGGAUGUCAUUGUGAUACAAUUACCUAUAGUGGGAUAAUUUCUGCAUUUUCUCAGAACGAUAGGCCUCAUGAUGCUCUCCGGAUUUUCACCCAAAUGCUCGAUUUGGGCUUGAUUCCUGAUGCUGUUACUAUCACCAGUAUUCUCCCUUCGUGCUCAGAUUUACAGUUCUUUGACUACUGUCAAGAAAUCCAUGCCUACACUUAUAGACACAGUUUGGAGACAGAUAUCAGAAUCAGGAAUGCCCUGAUAUCAGUUUAUAGCAAGUGCAAAUCAAUUCAGAGAGCCCAUCAAAUCUUUACACAAAUUUUUGAGAGAGAUGUGAUUUCUUGGAGCACAAUGAUUGCUGGAUACGCACAAAAUGGCCAUCAUAAUGAAGCCAUAAACACUUUUCGAGAUAUGUGUAACACUAAAACCACGCCUAACCCAAUCACAAUUACCAGUGUCUUAUCAGCUUUUGCCCAAACUUCCAGCCUCAAACCAGGAAAGGAGCUCCAUUUGCAUGCACUGAAACAUGGGUUAUCAGAUCAUACAUAUGUGGGUAGUGCCCUAAUUGACAUGUAUUCAAAAUGUGGGAAAAUUGAGGAAUCCCGAAGGAUUUUCGACAGAAUUAGCGAGAGAAACCUUGUGUCUUGGAAUGCUAUGAUAUUAGCAUAUGCUAUACAUGGUCAGGGUGGGAAAGCUCUCGCGCUUUUCAAGAAAGUCGAGAAGCCUGAUCAUGUUACUUUUCUUUCUAUUUUAUCAGCUUGCAGCCAUGGUGGUCUAGUUGAUCAAGGAACUGAGAUUUUCAACAGCAUCGAGAACUUCGGAUUGAGCCCGAGUGAGGGGCACUAUGCAUGUAUGGUGGACAUGCUUGGUAGAGUAGGGCAGGUCAAAGAGGCAUUGGAUUUGAUAGAGAAAAUGCCUGUGAAAGCUGGUGUGGAUGUAUGGAUGGCUCUUCUUGGAGCUUGUAGAAUACACAGUAAUUUGAAUAUUGGGAUUUAUGCAGGGAGGAGAAUAAUAGAGUUGGGUAGUGAGAACCCAGGUUUUUAUGUGCUCUUUUCAAAUUUUUUAGCAGGUUUUGGGAGGUGGGAGGAGGUGGAAGAGGUGAGGAGGUUGAUGGAGGGGAGAAGAGUGAAAAAGAGAGCUGGGUGUAGCUGGAUAGAGGUUGAUCACAAGGUGCAUGCUUUUGCUGUGAGGGAUAUGACACAUACCCAACAGGAGUGUAUAUACCGCAUGGUGAGGCAUUUGAACAUGCAGAUCAGUUGA